ACGGCCAAUCUUAAAUGGAAGCCGAAGCAUUUUUAAAUGAACUCCCAACGGUCAUAUUUUCUCAGCCAUCAAAGAUUCUUCAAAUUUUCUUGACCGUUUUCUCCUCCCCUCCCUAGCUUCCUCUUCUACACUCUCAAAGACUCUCUCUCUCUCUCUCUCUCUUUUGAAACAAAGGCAACUUUAUAGAAGUCAAUAGUGGCUAAUUAUGGGGUGCUUUCCGGCUUGCUUUGGUACUCCUAAGCACCGAAAACAUGGAGAAUGGUCCAAUGAAACUACCUCUAGAGACCAUACUCAUGAAGCUAAUGAAGCUUUUCAACCUACUGCACUACCAAAGCAAGAAGACAUUGAAAACCCCGUUAAUCCCAUCACGGAAUCAAAUCCUAGAAAGAAAGUUACCUUUGAUCUGAAUGUCAAAACCAAUGAGGAACCAUCAACUGAUGAAGUUGCAAUUACUUUGUUGGGAAACAAUGAGGAGAAAGAGAAUGAAAAGCAAGAAGAAAGAAGUAAAGUAAGCAAAUCCUUUUCGGAUUUGAUUGCUUCAAGCAUAUUAUCCUCUCCACCAAACCAAAGAUACCAAAAUUGUGAAGAAUGCGACCAGGAACAUGAAGAUGAUGAUGAUGACGAGGUUGGGAAUGUUCAUUCACUGGUUCAGGAAGAAUCGUCGGAGUCAUUGUUUUCUUUGUCCAUCGAUUCAAGAAAACAAGUAAGUGCCAUUGAAACCGGCGAAAAGGAGGUUAACAGUCCGAUGCCGGAGCUCAAGACAAUUGGGUCGAGCCCAAGUGCUCGAGAUAGGAGUCAGUCUGUACAUUUAGUCUUGAAACCAAUCGAAAAUCUUACCCAACUGAAGGCGGUUCAAGCAAAAAUAACCACUCCUUUAGAGAAUCAAGCAAAGGAGAACAUUGCGGUUGACACCAGCCUUUCAAGCUGGUUGGUUGAAUCCGAAUUCACGCCGCCGACGUCCAAGAACAGUAGUGAUUCCGUCGGGAACUCGCCGUCCGAGAAAGAGAACUCAAGAAGAAAUGUUGAAGACAGGCCAAUUCUGGGAGCAUUGACCGUUGCAGAGCUCAAACAGUUCUCUGCCUCAACGUCUCCAAAAUGGUCAAGAAGCCGAAGCCCUGAUGAGAAGGUGGUGGUGAUAGGUACAGUUGGGAGUUACUGGAGGCAUACCGGGCAGAGCAUGGAUUCAGACUCUGGCUCUUCAUCCCUAGAAAUGAACAAGACAAGAAGCAGAAACAGAGAGGAUGAGAGAGUGAAAUGGAAUUCUUCUCCAUUUGAGGCAAGAAUGGAGAGAGCUGUGUCUGAAGGGUAGCCUCUCUUUAUGGAGAGUAUAGGAGAUGGUUUGGUAAAAGUGUUGUGCUUUAUCCAUUCAUACUCUAAAGUCUCAUGGAUGUGUGUUUUGUGCAUCAUAUUUCUGGGUCUUGUUUAUUUUGCCUUGCAAAAUA